UCGCUGCCUGGAUUGAUGAAUCCUCCAGAGCUGCAGUUGUUUAUUUGAUCUGAAACCUAAUCUCAAUGGUGUUUACAGUAAUGGCAGCAAAGUAUGCAUAUACUGUAGAACCAGAAGAUACAGACACGAGCUGUAAAGUGCCAUUCCCCAGAAGUGAUUAUCUCCAACCUGUCUUCAUCAGCAGUGGAGCAUCAGCAAUCAACACGUCAUGCCAGUUUGUGAUUACUGCACUCAACUGGGAGCGCUAGUCCCUCUCUUCGUCUUGAUUGGCAUCCUAACAUGGCUUGUUUAUCUGGGACAACAUUAAAUCAAAAACAUGGAUUUCUACGCUCGAAAUGAGACAUCUACGUCUACCGAGUGCGUCGGAGCGCAGACUGAUGCGCUACAGAACGGAGCUGGUAACGGGAGCUUGGAGACGUCGAACAUCACCUGCGGCAACGUUUCCACACUCCUCAUACCUCAGCGUGUGAGGCAGAGAGAUGGGGACCACACACUGCGGAUCCUACUCUACUCACUUAUCUUCUUCCUGAGUGUGUUUGGCAACCUGCUGAUCAUUGUGGUGCUGACGGUCAAUAAGCGCAUGCGCACCGUGACCAACACCUUCCUGCUGUCGCUCGCCGUCAGUGACCUGAUGAUGGCCGUCUUCUGCAUGCCCUUCACCCUCAUCCCCAGCAUCCUAAAGGACUUCAUCUUUGGAGCCGCCAUGUGCAAGAUAGUGUCCUACCUCAUGGGCAUAUCAGUAAGCAUCUCCACAUUUAGCCUGGUUGCCAUAGCGAUUGAGCGCUACAGCGCCAUCUGCAACCCCCUGAAGUCACGGGUGUGGCAGACCCGUUCUCAUGCCUAUCGGGUUAUUGCUGCUACGUGGGUGCUGGCCUUCAUCAUCAUGAUCCCCUAUCCAAUCAUCAGUCACUUGGAGUCUUUUCAGCGUCCUGACAACACCACUGCUCACCAGUGUCGCCACAAGUGGCCCCUCGCAAAGGCAGAGCAGACCUGGUACAUUCUGCUUCUGCUUGUGCUGUUUGCAAUCCCUGGGUUGGUGAUGAUUGUGGCCUAUGGACUGAUCUCCAGGGAACUUUAUAGGGGCAUUCAGUUUGAGAUGGGCCACAAAAAAGACUCUACUGAUGUGAAGAAUGGACUGACCUCCACUGUGUCUAGUGGCAGUGAUGAAGGCGAUGGUUGCUACGUCAAUGUCCAGCGGCCACACUCGGUGGAGAUGUCCACCAUGGCUGCAUCCAGCAGGGCAAUCAAGGCAGAAAGACCACGCAGCAACACAUCUGAGGCCAAGCUGGAGGCCAAGAAGCGAGUUAUCCGCAUGCUGGUGGUCAUUGUUGUCCUGUUCUUUCUCUGCUGGAUGCCACUGUACUGUGCCAACACCUGGCGGGCUUUCGAUGACACCUCUGCCAAACAUGCCCUCUCAGGGGCACCCAUCGCUUUUAUCCAUUUGCUGUGCUACACCUCUGCCUGCGUCAACCCAAUUAUUUACUGCUUCAUGAACACACGUUUCCGCAAAGCUCUGCUUGCCACGUUCUCGUGCUGUGCCGCACCUUGCCAUCCUCGUCGUCGUGGGCUACGGGACAACGAGGAGGAUGUUAUGGCAACGGGUGCGUCCAUGUCCAAGUUCAGUUACACUACAGUCAGCACCAUGGGAACCUGCUGAGACAGAUGAAUGCAGGCACAAUCCAGAGGAGACAGUUACUACGGCAACACAGCACCCCACAUCCUUUGUCUUUAGGCCAACUUUGUGCUCAUAGAGAGUGGAGUGGAAAAACAGGCCAUAUAGUGUAGCAGUAUAGAAGCUUCACCCAUGACUGUGAGUAAAAUUAAGUAGGGAUUAUUAAUGGAACCCAGUCUUACAGUGUACAUAUAUAGCUAUAGCUAUAGCUAUAUCAUGGCUAUAUUGAAAAAGCACAAAAAACAGAGUAUACAGUUAUCUCUUGUCACAGUGGACCCAGGCACAUAGUUUGCUUAGAUGUUUGUGCAGAGGAUGUGAGUAGUGGUGGGCUGUAUGAUAUGUGAGGGAGGCAGUUUGAUAGUCAUUAUGUAGCUAUAAAAAUAGGAAGGCCAUUUGCUAUGUAAUUAUUAAAUUGUAUUUUAUAAUUUGCUGUCAGUUGUUAAUGUUUAUCUGUGUUAAUGAUGGUAAUGCAAUUGCCUUGUGGACUAAGUGCCUGGUUCUAAAUACUAUGUUAUAUUUGUCUGUUUGACUGUUGAUUUGCCUCAUUCAUCACGGGAAACCAUAAUCACAGGAAAGAUUGUGACCUGAGGGGUUUGGAUGUGGAGUUUAAAGACUCAAAAGAUCUUCUAAACAAACUGAAAAUCCUUCUCAGAAGAAUUUGAGGAAUUUCCUUCAGUGGGGAACAUAUAAAUGAGUCAGUUCUACAUGGCUCCACAGUCUGCAGAAAACACUUCAGUGGUAUAAACAGCUUAGAUGGGCAGUGGUGAUGCCUUGUGUUGUGGUUGUAAACUGUAAUACUAGCCAUCUUUGUGUUUUUGAGUUUUUAACGCUGGAUUUGCCUGUGUAUGCUGCAAUGUUUGUUUGUAUUGUGUCCUGUGUGAACACAGUAGCAAAUGUGAGAAGGGUGACUUGAUGCUUUGAAUUGUGGUUGUUUCUCAUAUUAGGGCCUCUAGUUUGAGGGCAGUACAAACUGGCUGAUAAGUACCCAGGACUUUGUGGGGAACAUCUGGAUAGGAUGUUGUUAACCUUAGUCAUGCCAAGACGGCUGAAUAAUAGUAUAAAAUAGGUAAGUGUUAAUCUCUUGUAUUUCAGUGACUGAAAGACGACUGUGAUUUUUAGUCUUUGUGUUAAGUAUAUAGUGCAUUUUACUCAUAAUCAUCACUCAUCAAACAUGAGUUUAGGCUAAAACAAGGCAUAUGCUUCACAUACAUAUGUUAAUUAUGUUGUAUAGUAGCUUAUACAACAGUAAAUGUUAUGUUAUGUUACCUUAUGAAAGUAUGGAAGAGUGAUUUUUAUAAACAAUAAAUUCACUGCAGCCUUACAGUAGGUUUUAAAGGAGGUAACAGGAGGAUCAAGUAACUACACUAUAUACAAAAAAAGUUCAGUGAUUGUUCAGCGACUUGCAGUCCCUGUUGAGCUCACCUACAGGCUACAAAAUGGCAGCCAGGUUUCGAAGGUCUCUGUUUGUCAGGCCCUGUCUGGCAUGCCUGACUCUGGCUCCCCUGCUCACCUCGCACUAAUUCUGUUACAACCUCAACCCUGCCAGGCUGAACGGAUGAGCAUAUUUCACUGAGUGCACCAAAGCACAAUGCUGUCAGUCUCACAUCUAACAGAUGCAUGGCCUGCCUUUGUGAGCAUUUUUUUUUGAAGAUUCUAGAUCGGCCUGCAGCUUUUGUGGUUUAUUGUGUGCACUGUUCCCUUUUGUGUUUAAAAUAUAAAUCAUAGUGAUGUCUUGCAGGAGGGUAAACUACAGUAAGACAGAUCUGAGCAAAUGACAAUCUCGUCAACACACCAAGACUGGGACAAUAAAAUUUUACGUGCUAAUAAAUUACUCUCUGAUGCUCCUACUUCUAUUUCUCUACACUGACGCAACCUUACCUUCACGUG